AUGCCAUCGGAUCCAAGUACUUCCACCAAGGAAAAGAAAUUACAAUUACAAGCAAAAAAUGAUGAUCAAGAAAUGCCACCGUCUAUUUUGACGAAAAAUCCUUCACAAACAAUAAAUUCAAAUCUUAAUGUAAAUCAAACUAAAUCUCAUCCUGGUUUAUCACAAACUGGUUCAACUCAACUGUUACCUUUAUCAUCAAGAUUUAAUUCUUCAAAUAGUGUUUUACCUAAUUCAUUAAUUGAUUCAAAUAUAUCUGAAGAAAAUAAUCAGAAUCAAUUAUCAAAACAACUAUCACAACCUAAAAAAGAAAUAGUGAUGGCAGGUGGAGCAUAUUUAAAAGAUAAAUUAAAUUCAGAAUCUGAUAUUUUAACAUUAAAUUCUAUAAAUAAUAAAGCAUCAUCACCUGUAACGUAUCAAGAACAACAACAAAAUAAUUCAAGAAGUUCAUUAUCUCCAAAUCCAUCAAAUAACCACCUAAUCACACCACCAGAAGAUCCUCAACAUCAUAAAGCUCCAUCAGUUCAUGCUCAUUUUUAUGUUGAUGAAACAAUUAGACCAAAUAAAUUAGGUAAUAGAUCAAGAAGUGGUUCAGCUUCAAAUAAUUCAAAUCCAAGUAAUCCAAAUUCAAGUAUAUUAAAUCCUUUAUCUCCAAAAGCAAUUUUAAAAGAACAAUCUAAUCAAAGUCAAGAAAAUAUUAGUACCAACUCACAGAAUAAUCAAAUACCUUCUGUUAGAAAUAGCAUUAGUCAUAACAACAGCAGCAACAACGUCCAUAACACAAGCAAGAGUGCUAACAGCAUUAAUUCUACAAAUACUCCAAGUAGCAAUCUUCUAGAAAAACCCCCAUUACUAACUCAAAGGUCAUCAUCAAUAUAUAAAUCACAACUGUCAGAACAGAAUUCAAAUAUAGAUCCAAGAUUACCACAAGAUGAUAAUAAAAUUCAUGUUUUAUUAGGAGUAUGUGGAGCAUUAUCAACUGGAAAAAUUAAAUUAAUAAUAAAUAAAUUAUAUGAAAUUUAUACCCCCAAUAAAAUAGCAAUACAAUUAAUUUUAACAAAAUCAAGUGAAAAUUUUUUAUUACAAGAAAGUUUAAAUAUAUUAGAAAAUGUUAAAGGAGUUCGAGUUUGGAAAGAUAUUGAUGAAUGGACAACUUGGAAAACAAGAUCAGAUCCAGUAUUACAUAUUGAAUUAAGAAGAUGGGCUGAUAUUUUAGUUGUUUGUCCAUUAACUGCAAAUACAUUAUCCAAGAUUUCUUUAGGUAUAUGUGAUAAUUUAUUAACAAAUGUAAUAAGAGCUUGGAAUACAUCAUAUCCUAUUUUAUUAGCUCCUGCAAUGGUUAGUUAUUCAUAUAAUGCAAUAACAACAAAAAGACAAUUAAGAUUAAUUGCUGAAGAAAUGCCAUGGAUUGAAGUUUUAAAACCUUCUGAAAAAGUAUUUGGAAGUUAUGGAGAUAUUGGAUUAGGUGGUAUGAUGGAUUGGAAUGAAAUUGUUAAUAAAAUUGUUAUGAAAUUAGGUGGAUAUCCUGAAAUUGAGGAUGAAGAUGAUGAUGAUGAUGAAGAGGAAGGAGAAGAAAGUGAAGCUUUGAAAGAUCAAAAGAGUCAAAAGGAAAUAAACCAAGAUUCAGCAAUUGUAGAUGACGAUGAUGAUGAUGAUCAGGAUGAUGACGAUGAUGAUGAUGAUGACGACGACGAUGAAGACGACGAUGAUGACGAUGAAGAGGAAGAAUAUAAGGAUGAUGAAUUAGAAGAAGAAGAAUUUGAUGAUAAUGAUGAAAAAAAUAAUAGUCAAAUUCAAUUCAAAGUCAAAACUAAGAAUGGUAAGUCUAUAUCACCGGAUCCGGCAUCGAAAACACCACAACCUGAACUGAUUCAAAUCCAAUUAGGAUCUAAAUAA